AUGGCCGACCCUUUUGCGCCCCGGUCUAUGAAGCGCAAGAACGUCAAGGGCCUCGCAUUGACGCCCGCUGCCCCGAAGCCCCCGCCGACCGCCGAAACCAGCAGACAUGGCUUCGAUCCUCGCGAUAAGGACAGUGGUGAGCAGUCAGCACAGUUGGAGAUUGGGAUCGAGUACAAGUUAGACUUGCGACCAGAGGACUUAGAGAUCCUAAAGGAGCUUGGAUCCGGAAAUGGAGGCACUGUCAGUAAGGUCAGACACGUUCUGACGGGAACUGUUAUGGCUCGCAAGGUUAUACACGUGGAAGCAAAGAAGGAGAUGCGCAAGCGCAUUGUCCGCGAACUGCAAAUCAUGCACGGUUGCUCGUCUGAGUAUAUCGUUAAUUUCUACGGCGCUUUCUUGAACCCCCACAACGAUGUCAUCAUGUGCAUGGAGUACAUGGACGUUGGUGCUCUGGACCGUGUAUCCAAAGUUUUUGGACCGGUUCGAGUCGACGUGUUGGGCAAGAUUGCUGUGGCCACUCUGGGCGGCUUAACAUACCUCUACUCGAAGCAUCACAUCAUGCAUCGAGACAUUAAGCCAUCUAACAUUUUGGUCAAUUCCAGAGGAAGCAUCAAGCUGUGCGAUUUUGGCGUGUCCGGAGAACUCAUCAACUCUGUCGCAGAUACAUUUGUGGGAACCUCAACUUACAUGGCUCCCGAGCGAAUUCAGGGCGAGAAGUAUACUGUUAAGUCAGAUGUUUGGAGUUUUGGUCUGAGCAUUAUGGAGUUGGCCAUCGGCAAAUUUCCAUUUAAUGCGAGCGAGCAGCUUUCCGACGGCGAGUGCGCACCCGCUGGUAUUUUGGAUCUGUUGCAGCAGAUCGUACACGAACCUGCCCCUAAGUUGCCGAAGAGUGAUGCCUUCCCUUCCAUUUUGGAAGAUAUGAUCCAGAAAUGCCUAUACAAGAACCCUGAUGAGCGGCCGACACCUCAGGAGCUUUUUGACCGAGACCCGUUCGUUCAGGCUGCCAAGAGAACACCUGUAGACUUGAGAGAGUGGGCUGUUGGUUUGAUGGAGAGAGAUAACCGAAAGUCUCACCUUGCACCUCAGCUGUCUCCUGCAACCCGCGACCUUCUGAAUUCUAGCGACUCCCCGACAUACCAGGGUGGAUCUGCGAACGACCGCUCACUAGAUACACCUACGUCAGGGGAAAUUCCCAUUGGAGGAGCUGGCAUCAUUUCACCUCGAGAACCGGCCACCCACUCGAACCGUUCUCCCACUAGAAACGGUAUCAACAACAUUAGCGGUCGACAGCCGGCUGCUGGUCACCCUGGCAUGGGGCAGAGAAUUGUUACAACCAACUCGAUCCCUAAGUCUGGCGAAUAUCCAAACAGCGCUGGGCCCGUAAGUGCCAAUGCUGCUUCUUUCAGCCUGCCUGUCCGCCCGGCUCCUGGCGGCCCUUUGCCGCCAGCUCCACCUAGGAAGGGCACUCCGGACGAGGCAAGAAGAGAGAACAGGAGGCAAGCAACUUUCGGCAUGCCUCCUGCACCUAGAAGCUAUGCGAGUGAUGUCUAUAAUGGCACUUCCAAUUAG